AUGGUCGGGAGCAAGCUGAUUGAAUGCUUUAAAGCCAGUUUUGAAAUAUUAAGGUUUUAUUUUCCCUUUUAUCUUUCCCUUUCAUGUGGAGAAAAGUCUCUCAAAUCCAGUCCUUUCAACCCCAGCUACACCUUGGACUACAGUUCAGAUUUGGACUUUCAGCCAUCACAGAAGUACAGUGAAGAUUGGGAUCUGGAACUCCUGCCGGGGCCUGAACAUGACGGCCAACAACAAGGACCAGACCACCAACAUCACCGACUUCCUGGCCAACCGCACUCUCAUCAUCACCACCGUCCUGGAAGACCCUGUCGCCUACAGGAAGACCCCUAUGUCAUGUACAAGAAGUCGGACAAGCCCCUGUAUGGGAACGACCGUUUUGAGGGCUACUGCCUGGACCUGUUGAAGGAGCUGGCCAAUAUCCUGGGCUUCACUUACGAGGUCAAGCUGGUGUCCGACGGGAAAUACGGGGCCCAGAACGACCAGGGGGCGUGGAACGGCAUGGUGAAGCAGCUGGCCGACCACGUGAGCCCACCCAGACCCGUCCGGACGGGGGAGCCGGGAGGACAGGGUGGCUCGUGCUAG